AUGUCAUGCCCGCCACGUACAUCCUCCUUCUCGUCGGCGGCCUCGCUGUGUCCAAGCUCAACCUCACGGACAGGCUCCACCAGCUCGACGUCAUCGACCACGCCGUGUCCCCCUGCCCCAGGUCCAGGUUCUACUGCCACGCCCCCACGCUUCUUUCGCUCCCGCUGCGCACGCCCCCGUCUGCCAUCUACGUCUACGCCGUCCUGGCCUUCUCCUCCUGGCUGGCCGUCUUCCUCACCGACCCGGGCACCGUCACCCCGCGCACCUUCCUGCCUUUGGCUUCCCUCUUCCCGUAUGACAACGCCCUCUUCGUCCCCGGCCAGAGCUGCCCGACCUGCCGUCUGCCGAAGCUGCCCCGCUCGAAGCACUGUUCUUUGUGCGACCGCUGCGUCGUUCGCUUCGAUCACCACUGCGGGUGGGUCGGCACUUGCGUCGGCUUUUAUAAUCUGCGUUACUUUCUGCUCUUUCUGGGUGUGCAUGCCCUCAUGCUUGUGCACGGCAUUGUUUUGUGCGUGGAAAUCAUCACAGAGUUCAGCUUCAAGAUGGCGUUCGCUGCGGAGACUAAUGUCUGCGCAAUCCUGCUUGUUCUCAUCAUGGCCUUUUGUAUGGUGGCGGGGUUUUUCGUCUACCAUCUGUCCCUCGUUGUUCGGAACAAGACCACGAAUGAAACUGCCAAGUGGGAUGGCGUGUACCGUACCGCGAGUGAGUUUCAGCGCAGAAGCGGUAUGA